GGGCCGCCGCGGGCGCCAUGAGCCAGGGCGGCGGGGCCGCCGGCGAGAGCGGCGAGCCGGAGGCCAAGGUGCUGCACACCAAGCGGCUGUACCGGGCAGUGGUUGAGGCCGUGCAUCGACUGGAUCUCAUCCUUGGCAAUAAGGCAGCGUAUCAGGACGUGUUCAAGCCAGAGAACAUCAGCUUGAGGAACAAGCUGCGGGAGCUGUGCGUGAAGCUGAUGUUCCUGCAUCCAGUGGAUUAUGGAAGAAAAGCAGAAGAACUGCUCUGGAGAAAAGUUUACUAUGAAGUUAUCCAGCUCAUUAAAACAAAUAAAAAGCACAUCCACAGCCGCAGCACUCUGGAGUGCGCGUACCGGACUCACCUGGUGGCUGGCAUAGGGUUUUACCAGCACCUCCUGCUCUACAUCCAGUCUCACUACCAGCUGGAGCUGCAGUGCUGCAUCGACUGGACGCACGUGACGGACCCUCUCAUAGGCUGCAAGAAGCCCGUGUCUGCAUCGGAGAAGGAGAUGGAGUGGGCACAGAUGGCAUGUCACCGAUGUCUAGUUUACCUGGGAGAUCUAGCUCGCUACCAGAAUGAGCUGGCAGGUGUGGACACGGAGCUGCUGGCGGAGCGGUUUUACUAUCAAGCCCUUUCUGUUGCACCACAAAUUGGAAUGCCCUUCAACCAGCUGGGGACAUUGGCAGGCAGCAAAUACUACAAUGUGGAAGCAACCUACUGCUACUUACGCUGCAUCCAGUCUGAAGUGUCCUUCGAAGGUGCCUAUGGGAACCUGAAGCGGCUGUAUGACAAAGCAGCCAAGAUGUAUCACCAGCUGAAGAAAUGUGAAACCAGGAAGUUGUCUCCAAGCAAGAAACGAGGCAAAGACAUUAAGAGGUUGCUGGUGAGCUUCAUGUACCUGCAGAGUCUUUUGCAGCCAAAGAGCAGCUCUCUGGAUUCUGAGCUGACGUCUCUCUGCCAGUCUGUGCUGGAGGAUUUCAACCUGUGCUUGUUCUACCUGCCCUCUCCUCCUAACCUGGGCUCAAGUAGUGAAGAUGAAGAAGAGUAUGAGAGCGGCUACUCCUUCCUUCCUGAUCUCCUGAUCUUUCGCAUGGUCAUCAUCUGCCUUAUGAGUGUUCACAGCCUCAAGAGGGCAGGUUCCAAGCAGUACAGCGCAGCCAUUGCCUUCACGCUGGCCCUCUUCUCUCACCUGAUAAAUCACGUCAAUAUUCGCCUCCAGGCAGAGCUAGAAGAAGGGGAAAAUCCCGUCCCAGCCUUUCAGAGUGAUGGCACAGAUGAUCAGGAAUCACGGGAGCCUGUGAACUCAAUUGAGAAGGAAGCUGAAGCUGAGUUGGCCAAUCAUCAGCCCAGCGAGGAACAGCGGAAGAACAACUGCAAGAAAAGCAAGAAAUACUCCCGGCUCUCCUGUCUGCGCCGCCGCCGCCACCCCCAGAAAGCGGAUGAGAGCGACCUGAGCGAGGGCUUUGACUCUGAUUCCAGCCAGGGCUCCAUCAAGGGCAGUGAUGGCUCAGAGAGUGGCUCAGAGAAGAGUGAUGAGGAAGCAGAAGCUGCUUUUGAUGUGGAGACAGACUCUGACAUGAACAGCCAAGAGUCUCGAUCUGACUUGGAGGACAUGGAGGAUGAGCCGGGUGAGGAGGGAAGCAGCCGAGGCAAAAGUGGGCCCAAAGAGGCCUUAAAAAACUGUGUGGAUGGCAGUGGGCUGGGGGACUCCAAGAGCCCAAGCAUCUCUAAAACUGAGGCAGCAGAUCCAGCAGUCAAUGGGCCAGCUUCCCUGAGCACUAACGAUGCAAGCAUAGCCAGUAACCUGCAGGCCAUGUCCACCCAGCUGUUCCAGACCAAACGCUGCUUUCGCUUGGCCCCCACGUUCAGCAACAUCCUCCUGAAACCCAACAGUGAACCACCUGCCUUGAAGGACGGGAUAGAGAGCAAACCAUGUGUCAACGGAGAUCUGGAGAAGCCCAGCUUGGCAGAGCAAGAUGAUGUGUCUGACUCCGAGGAAAGCAUUUCAAGUAACAAAUCCUGCAGGAAUGAGCGAUCCCUUCAGGAGAAGCUGGAGAUCGUGACCAACGAGGGGCUGCUGCUCACUGUCAAGGUGUUCCUGGACUGGCUGAGGACGAACACAGACCUCAUCAUCAUGUGUGCUCAGAGCUCCCAGAGCCUGUGGAACAGGCUAUCUGUGCUCCUGAACCUUCUGCCUUCUGCUGCAGACCUGCAGGAAUCAGGGCUGGCCCUGUGUGAUGAAGUCAAGGACAUCCUGAGUGAGGCUGAGCUCCCAGACCUGAAGGCCAGCCUCCUGCUCCCAGAAGAUGUGGCCCUGCGCAAUCUCCCCCCUCUGAAAAAUGCACACAGGAGGUUUAACUUUGAGCAGGACCGGCCCAUUUUCUCAGCAGUUGAGGAGUCUGUCGUGCGGAUCUGCUGCAUUCGGAGCUUCGGUCACUUCAUUACCCACCUCCAGGGCAGCAUCCUGCAGUUCAACUCGGAGCUUGGGAUCUUCAUCAGCAUAGCACAGUCGGACCAAGACAACUUGCUGCACCAGGCCCAGGCCCAGUUUCACAUGGCUGCAGAGGAAGCUCGUCGGAACAGGCUCAUGAGAGACAUGGCUCAGCUUCGACUGCAGCUGGAGGUGUCUCAGCUGGAGGGAAGUCUCCAGCAGCCCAAAGCACAGUCAGCCAUGUCUCCUUACCUUGUCCCGGACACCCAGGCCCUUUGCCAGCACCUGGCCCUUGUCAAGCAGCUGGCCACCAGCGGGAGGUUCAUAAUCAUCAUCCCUCGCACAGUUAUCGAUGGCUUAGACUUCCUGAAAAAGGAGAACGCCGGUGCUCGGGACAGCAUCCGGUACCUGGAGGCAGAGUUUAAAAAGGGAAACAGGUACAUUCGUUGCCAGAAGGAUGUUGGGAAGAGCUUUGAGAGGCAUAAAUUGAAGAGACAAGAUUUAGAUGCCUGGAAUCUCUAUAAAAUACUGGACAGCUGCAAACAACUGACAGUGUCCCAAGGGAGUGGAGAGGACGACACCACGGGAAUGGUCACCAUCAUCACAGGCUUCCAGCUGGAGGACCCAAGCACAUUUUCUGUGCCCAUGCAGUCUGCCAUCCAGGCAGCCGCCAACGCCAGUGUAGAAAUAAAAAAUGUUCUGGAGUUCUACAAGCAGUGGAAAGAGAUGGGCUGAUGGUCAGAAAGGCAUCAGGUUGGUGAACCUUUCUCUCCCCCUCUCGGAACGUGCAGCGUCUGAACGAAGGAAACAACAAUCUGGGCGACACUUAGACACGAAGAAGCAGCAGCAGCAACAGUAACAAAAAUACCUACCCAAACGAAUUAAAAAAACAAAAAAAAUCCAAUGUGGGCACGCACACAGACACCCUCCACCUGCAUCCCGACCAGACGGCUGUACAGCUCUGAUGGCGCCAACUGCUCUGAGAGAGGCCCCUCGGCACCGCCGGGGCAGAGCUCUGCCCUUCUCCCAGUCGGCAGAGAUGGGCGAGAGACGGGCAGUCCUUCAUCCCCCUCCUUCCUCCAAAAGCUUGCUUGGCCAGCGGAAACGGGCCGGUGGUUCAGAGCGUGGACUUGGCUUCAGCGAAACCAAACCAGCGUGGUGGAAAUGGAGCCCUCCGGCUUGGGAAAGAAGAUCCAAAGAGUGUUUUGCUCUUGUCUGGCAAUCUGGGGACAGGAAAGCGGAUAGUCUUUUUUUUUUUUCUUUUGUUUUCCCUCCUUUGAAGUAAUUUUUUUUCAAGGGGUUUUUUUCCUUUAAAUGCUUAGGGUUUAUAUAUAUAAAUAAUAUUAAAAAAAAAACCAAAAAAACAGGAAAAAGAGGAUUUCCCUUGGGGUUCUGGAUACUCUUCCAGUGUCAGAGAGAAAAGGAAACAAUUAUGCUAUUUAAAAGGGGGGGAAAGCUCUUAAUAUAAUUUUUUUGUCUUAGAACAAGCAUAUUUAUUUCCUUUCCCAGUCCCCAAUGGAGCGGGCUCAGUGCAAAGGGAUGUGGGCCUGCAAGGAGAGAGCAGCCCCAUGGUGCACAUCCCUGCUCUCCCUACGAGCCACACACUUCAUGAGCGACAUGAGCUUGGCUGUGCUGCUCCAGGGAGGCCACAGGACUCUCUGCCUCUAUCCCCAGUCUCUCCCACUUUGCUUCCAGCAUUAGACCUCGGAGGAAAGGAGGAAUCCAGCAGAGUAGCUGGAAGAGAGAGAAGAGCCGGGUGGUAUUUAAACACCGAUAAGGCUCAACCGCUUGGCUUGAGCACUGCAACCCUGAGAUGGAGGGGACGUCUCCAAAGAACCCAACACCUCUUUUUUUGUCUUUUCUUUUUUCCCCCUUUUUUUCCCUAAAUCUUGCAAUGGGGUGUGGAGGAGGAAGGAGGAUCUCAAAAGCCAUUAUCUUCUGCUGGUUGUUCGACACACCACUGCUGCUAUGUCAUGCUAGAGAGGGCGGCAGAGCUGGAGCAUUUGUGCCCCCCUCUUUGUGUCCCUCAGGGCCGGCAGAGGCAGUGCCAUGACUGCCACUGCCCAGGAGGACCAAGCUUACGGACCAUUCCGUGCUUUUCGCAUCCCAGACGGGAGGGAUGAUGCUACCUGGACAGAUGCUAGAAGAGCUGGUUCCCCAGAUGACCCAUGAGGGACCUCACAGGCCUCCAUCCCAACAGCAUCUAACGCAACCUGUGUCUGACACAUCGUCACUCACCGGCGCUCGGAUGUGAAGUCGCGGGUUCCUCACAGGGCAGUAGGAGAGGGGCUGGGUGGCCUCUUUGUGCUCCCUCUGCCUCUGUGUGCCCAUGGAACAGACGUCUCCACCCACAUGAACCAGCAGCAGCUAUGCAAGUACAAACCACUGGAGUCUUCUACCUGUGUGUGUUCUCACACGAGCCAGCCAGAAGCUGCUACAGCCGGGGCGUAACACGGGAAGGCAAAUCACAUCCUCCAGUCUGUGUGGGCUCUGAGCACAGUGUGUUGUACUGCAAGGGCAGGAUGUUCCUUGUUUUCAGGUAAAAACUAAGAAUACCAGCACAAGUCCCAGAGGAUUCAUUUUUUUUCCAGUUCUAGCUCCUUUGCAACGCAGCAGAGGGAAAUGCCAAGCUCCACAGUUCAGCUGGAUCCAUCCCUGGAGGCUAGCAGGCAGGGGUGGGGGAGGGACAGGGGUUUCCCUACAGGAUUUUCCAUUUUGCAGCUCUUCCUGAAACAAAGUGCUUUGCUUGGCUAAGCCAAGGAAAGGACAUACACAGGACAGCAGGUCAAAGACUCUGGCUCACCUUGGAAGUUCUUAGAUAUCUGAGAUGGGCUGUGAAACUCACAGUCACUCUUCCCUCCAGUGGUAGUGUUUGUGUAGCUCAUUAUUUCUGUUUGAUGGGGUGGGAAAAGAGAAGGGAAUCACCUUGUGGGAUGUGGUGGAAAGCAGAGGCAUCACCCUCUGCGCCUCAGCUGAUAUGCAGAGUGCUCUUGUGGUGAAACACUCCUUGUCUGGUGGGGGCCUGGCUCGAGGACAUGGUGGGCUCUGCUUUUUCCUGCUGAUGGGGAACUCCCCUGAUCCUGAGCACAGCAGAACCGUCUGGGAGUCAGCUGGGGCUGAGCCUGACUGUAUGUGUCUCCUGUCAUCCCCCAGCCACGCUUGGGGUUGGUGAAGAGCAGCUGUAAUCAGAGCAGGGAGGAGCUGGGGGUACUGCUCAGCUUUGUUCCAGGCUGGUCGUUCCCUUGGUCCCAGCUGGAUCUGGAGGGGAGGGAAGAGCAGUGCAGGCAGAGCAGCAGCCCAGAGGGAAUCCCUGUCUCACUGGUGGCAAGUGUCUCAGUUUGUGCAUCUCCCAGAGCUGUGCAGGGUGGGAGCUGGGAGCCAAGUGCCAUGGGGUCAGGGGCUGGGGCUGGAGGCUGAGGCUGGCACAGUGUCCUGGGUCACCAAUGCCUCGUUUGGGCACAGGACACAGUUUAAGAACAAAAGUAAAUAAACUCAAUUUCUGUAACCAGAGUUUGUGGAGCGACCGUAAGCCCAUGCGGGGCCACAUGGCGAAAGCAGAGGCUAUCCUUAGUAACUGCUCUUGUUCCCUGAGGGGUUGGUUUAAUAUCCCCUGAGGUUUUGUACACCUGGAGGGAAGGAGGAACCCUUUGCCCUGCAGUGGGGAAUCCUGACUGCCCUGUGCCACCUUCCACCCUGGGCUGCAUGGGGAUGGAUCAUGACCUUCUAAACGGGCACCCGAAGGGUCCCUGUGCCACCCUCCUCCUCUCCGGAGUGUGUGGCUGUGGUUGAGGACCUGGUGAAUGGUUUUGGGAUGCAUGUUCCCACUCAGAUACAUGGAGCUUAAAAAGCAGUAGACUCCAAAGUUCUGGAGCAGUGUGGCUGCAAAGCGGCCUCAGGGGGAUGGCACGUGGGGUCCUCUGGCACACAUGGUCUUCUGGGGGGGCUCGAUGUGUCAUCUUUAGGGUUGGGGUAAAGGAAGGCACUUCUCAGCCCCCAUCCCAGUGCUUGGGAUGAGCUGGAGUUUCCUCCCUGGGGAUAAAUCGCACAGAUCUGCUCUGUCCGAGGGCCUGUGCCUGUUUGCUCAAAUCCCAGGGGAUUUGGUGCAUCAUCCACACCCCAACAGUGGUGUCCCUGCCCUGGGGUGGUGGUCACUGAUGCAGAGCAAACAGGACGGUCUGUGGGAGGCUCCAUGUAUCCUGUGGCUCCUGUGCGCUGUGGUGGGGUCUCCCUCAGACACCCCCCAGCCUGUGCAUCCCAGCCAGAGCUGUGAGCUGCCUCACCACGAGAGCAUCGGGCAGGAUGGAGACUGCAGGCGCUGCCACAGCUCAUCCCUGCAGUGCUGCUCCUGCACUGACUCCAGGCUUGCCCAGACCAGAUCCAAGCCAGUUCCAUAGCAGCCGCUGUGCUGGGAGGGAGGGCAAAUGGAAAAACCAUCUUGUGGGCCAAAAACAAGGGUUUUCAUGUGUUUUUGUGUGUUUCUUGGGUUUGGUUUUCUCUUUGUUACCACCCAGUUGAGCUGUUGGGGGUUUUUGGGGUGACCCCAUGCUGGGAGGACGUAGAUCUGUGGUGGCUGAGGCUGGCUGGGCUGUCCUCACACCAGGGUGGACACGGCCGCUGGUGCUCGUUGGGCUUCUGCUCCGUGGUUUCAUGGGCUGUUUGGAGCAACUCAUUCCUCUGCUCCCAUCCUUGCUGGGCUUGAGGCCACCUGCAGUGCCUCGGGUUUUCUCUUGCAUCUUCAAUUUAGGGUUCUUUUCCUUGUUGGCACGUAGCAGCGCUGGCCCAGCCAGCCGGGGUGGGGACAGGGCGGGCUGGCACAGGGGCUGUGUCGCUGGCCCUGCCACUGGCAGCGAGGGGACUGUUGGUUCAAGGCAAGGGACAAUCGCCUCUCCUCAGCCCUCCUGUGGCACACGGGCCUGCAGAGCCAGGGGGGGUUUCGCUCUCGCUGGGGGACAAGGGGGCACGGGGCCCAGCUGGGCGAGGAGGGGCUGGGGCUCGCAGCAUAUGACAGUGGUCCGAACACAUUGACUGGCUUAAUAAAAUAUGAGAUGUUUGUA